UCAACAUAACAAGGAACAGGAAAGAAUCAAGACGGUGCGAGUCAAGUAAUCCCAUUCAAGCAUGUAUCUUAAGGUGAUUGUGUUGUUUUUGGCCGUGACUUUGGUCGUGGAGAGCGCUGGGAUUCCUGGAGGCCUUGUAGCUGCAGACAUUAACGAUAAAGAUGUUCAGAAGGCGUUACGCUUCGCAGUGGACCAUUACAACAGGCAAAGCAACGAUGCGUUUUUGCGUAAAGUUUCCAAAGUCAUCAAGGUUCAACAACAAGUUGCUGCUGGCAUGAAAUACAUCUUCACUGUGAAGAUGGACAUAACCAGCUGCAAAAAGGGUGGAGUUAAGACCAUGUGUGCCGGUGUUCUGAAAUAUUCGGUGUCUGAGAUUUUCUGUGACGCUGGGCGGAGCAUACAUGAAUAUUCAUGAGUUUCCUGUUUCGCG